ACAGGAUGUCUGGAAGAAAAAGACUAGGGAGAGGGUGAGAAAAAGGGGAGAGGACAGUGUAGGAAAGUGGAAAUCUGGAUUAGUCAGAGUUCAGACUGAAAGUCUCUAUGGCUGGAUGGUUUCGACUGGCAACAUGUUGAUUUUGGAAAAAAGCACACCACAGCGGCCCGGAGGCCUAAAACAGCGUGUCGUCAGCACCCUGCUGUACUGUACUGGAGAAAUGCAACAAUUACAUACCCACAUGCAGGAUAAAUUCUUCCUGCUGCAGCUGGCUGAGUGGUGUUUGCGUGGGAUCUCACGUGUGAUUCUACUAAACAACCCCCUGAGUGGAGCUCUGAUUUUGGCAGCGCUGCUGCUGGAGAGCCCCUGGCAGGCUCUGCUGGGGAUGCUCGGCCUUUUGGCCUCCACCUUCACAGCUAUAAUCAUGGGACAGGACUGUGAGGAGGUUUCCAGUGGCCUUCAUGGUUUUAAUGGGAUGCUGGUGGCUCUGCUGAUGGGAGUGUUCAGCUCUGCUGGAGAUUGGUACUGGUGGCUUCUGCUGCCUGCUUGUCUUGGUGGAGCUGCAACGACUUUUCUUUCCAGCAGUUUGGAGUCAGUUCUGGGUCGCUGGGAUUUACCAGUGAGCGUCUUUCCCUUUAACACAGUCAUCCUGCUGUUUCUGGCCUGUACUGGCACUUCUAAUCCCUAUUUUCCAAACUAUCCUGCCCAGCCACCAGGGGCGCCAGAGAGCACCAACCACACCAAACUCCAUGUUCCACAGCUCCUGCAGGGGGUGGUGUUGGGCGUAGGGCAGAUCUUUGCAUGUGAGACUCUGGGCCCGUCUCUGCUCAUUCUGGGUGCUGUUUUCAUCUUCUCACCCAUUCUGGCUGUCUACGCCCUCCUGGGCUCUGGCAUUAGCACUGUGGCAGGUCUGUCUAUGUCAGUGCAGCACAGCUUUCUGUACUCUGGCCUCUCAGGCUUUAAUGGUGCUCUGGGUUGCAUGGUCGUAGGAGCGUUUUACAUACUUAGCUGGAGAACACAUCUCUUAUCUAUUGCAAACGCCUUGCUUUCAGCUUACACAGACAUCGCCUUGAGCAACCUGCUAGCAGUUUUGGGUCUCCCAGCAAGCAGUUGGGCUGCAACUCUGACAGGCACUCUGAUGCUGUUGCUGACAGGAGAAAACCUCAAAGAAUACAGAAUCCCUACUGGAAAAGUAACCUCGCCAGAACAGAACUUGCACUCACACAAGCAAUGGUCUGCGGCCAAUACGAAUGCAACUGAUGUAUAGUGUUUACAUAAAUUCACAGAUAUAUAAAUAUCCAACUGUGACAGCACAUGACAUUUUAAAAGAAAUUACUACUUUUUUCAGCAAAGGUGCAUCAAAUGGAUCAAAAGUGACAGUAAAGUAUUUUUAGAAUGUUACAAAAGAUUUAAAAUAAAUGCUCAAAGAAUCAUGAAAAAAAAUGUAUCAUGCUUCCACAAAAACAUUAAGCAGCACAACUGUUUUUAACAUUGACAAUAAAAAUGUUUCUUAAGCACCAAAUCAGCAUAUUACAAUGAUUUCUGAAGGACCAUGUGACAUUAAAGACUGGAGUGCUGGAUUGAAAAUUCUGCUGACAUCAAAAAGAAUAAAUUUAGUUUUAAUACAUUAAAAUGGAAAAAAUAAUUGUAUUAAUAUUUAACAAUACAAAUUUUUUAUCAAAUAAAUGCAACCAAAACAUUAAAAAAAACUUACCAGCCACAGACUUUUGAUCUGUAGCGUGUAUAUAAUAAACAGUAGUGUUCUGAUGUGUAUAUCAGAAAUUACUAAGAUCGUGAAGUUAAUAUAAUGUAAAUACUGUACUUAUGCACCAUACAUACACAUAAACAAAAGGGAGACCUUUUGCGAGAAAGGAAAGGUUUUAAUGAUGCUGUAAACACGUUUUAUUCCAUUAUUACAAAAACUGCAGUUGUACUGUACCAUAAUCCUUAAAAACAUUAAAUGCAAACAAUUUAACAUUAAAUAUUACUAUCUAAGCUGAGACCUUUCAGUGUAUACAUAUCACAAUUCCAACAUUAAAACCUGCAGAAAUAGUGAAAGUGCUCUAAAAUGGAUGAAAAGUAAAGUUAGCAUGCAAAAUCAAAUGUCUUUAACCAUAAAUGUACAAAAACUAGCAAAUCAGUGAGAUUAUAUCAAACGAUAUCAAAUCAAUGUUGCAAAAAAGCAGAUUUAAUUUAUUAUGUUUCUUUUAUGAUUGCCAUGGCGAUUAAAAAAGGCUAUUGGUUAAAGAUCAGAAGGCAUAUUAUUGAAUGUGUGGACAGACGUGCAUUCAGUGUGUGUGUGUGUGUGUGUGUGUGUGUGUGUGUGUGUGUGGGGACAAAGAGAGAAAACUAGAGCUAACAAUAAUUUCGCCUCUCAGAAGAUUUGUGUGUGUGAGAGAAAAAGAGAGUUCAUUCAAAGAAAGAGCUAUAAAAAGCCCUGCGAGAUGCACCAUGAUUCAUCAAUAUUAGGAGGUCAGGGUCCCUUCAGCACACUGGAGGAGCUAUUUCAUGUCUAUUACAUGACAAUAUUCAGGAGUCUGCUUUGUGAGUCUGACCAUGACUGGCUAGGGGAAGUUUGUGUGUGUGUGUGCUGAAUACAAAAGAGAAACAUUGUGCUUUUUGCUCCUACAGCCAUCCAUAGCUGCAACACAGACACUCUCAAUAAAAAACAGUAAGUUUUACCAUCCCCAAAAGCAGAGCCAAAGGUUUGUGUGAACCAGUAAAAGAGCUCCAAAUGCACGGUGCAGCGAGAAAGCAAACUGAAUGCUGAUUAAUGAAGAUGAAGCUGUAAACAAGUGAUCACUAUUAAGUUCUCAUUUUGUCCCUAAUGUUUUUUCACAAAGCCCCCAGCUUUGACCAUAAAGCCUAAAGGCCUGUUCACACCAAGUCCAAUGUGACUAAAUGUCAAGAAAUUUUAAAACAACCACAAAAAGUGCCUACAGACAAUCUCUGAUAGUCCCACAACUACUUUCAGUGUAAACACAUACCAUAUAUCUACGUUUCUCUGAAGCCACGUCCUAUUGUCCAAAGUCAUGGGUUGUUUUGUUAAAUGUGUUUGUAAGUUUUUAUUGUGGCUUGUACUAUUAUAAAUAAAAUAUUAACAAACAAAAUACUUUAACACUAAAACAAACAACAAUCAGUCCGAUGCCAAAUUUUUGUUAUUCUCUGAAAUGCAAAUGCCUAAAAAAAACUUCAAAAUUGCAGAUCAUCAUAGU